AGCGACCAUAUUUAUUCCAUCGUCUUCAAUCGAAACAGCAGGAGGCUUUGGUGUCGGUAGUACCAUAAGGGUUCGCGAUUACGUCCAACAUUUAAUUAGCGGCUGAAUAAGUUGACCUUCCUUCGGAAAGUCCCGGUUCGCGUUAAGAGUGAAAUUUAUUUUUUUACGCCUUGCAAUCGCAUCAUAAUCCGUCAAAAUGAGUGACGAACUGAACAAAGACCAAAUUGUCUUGUUGCGUAACGCAUUCAAUGCGUUCGAUCAAGAGAAAUUGGGCUUCAUUAACACCACCAUGGUGGGAACUAUUCUUAGUAUGUUGGGUCAUCAAUUAGAUGAUGCCACGUUGGCUGAGAUUAUUGCUGAGGUCGACGAGGAUGGAUCGGGUCAAAUUGAAUUCGAGGAGUUCACUACCCUGGCGGCUCGUUUCCUCGUUGAGGAGGACUCCGAAGCCAUGAUGGCCGAAUUGAAAGAAGCUUUUCGCUUAUAUGACAAAGAAGGUAAUGGCUAUAUCACAACCGGUGUGCUACGUGAAAUUCUGCGAGAACUGGAUGAUAAAUUGACAAACGAUGAUUUGGAUAUGAUGAUUGAGGAAAUUGAUUCUGAUGGUUCGGGUACUGUAGAUUUCGAUGAAUUCAUGGAAGUCAUGACUGGAGGUGAUGAUUAAACGUCACAUGGCGCCCGAGUCCUCCCUUGCGAAAUCAAUAUUUUUCAUAAUCUGAUUAUCUUCAAUAUCCAAAGCAAAGUAUUCAAUUAAAUCUGGUUAAUCGGUGCUUUAUAGAAAAAACAAAAACUAAAAUGCAUGUAACUGUAUUUACAAUGGAAAUUUAAAUAAAAACCUGCAUCAAAAAUAAAAUGUUAAUCCUUGAUCAUAUGAAACUUGUACUAUCUGAACAAUAUUAACAAUAAAUCUCCCACAGUAGUCAAACGAAAA